AUGGUCCCAAGAUGUCACAGUCUCGACAUCAAACUCGUAGAGAAUGCGCUUGGAGAUAAGUAUUUCCUUGGACUCAAGGAAAUUCGAGAUCUCGCGACGUACAAUGUGUGUGACGCGCACACCAAGCAGUCAGCGGAGCUUGCAGAAGAAUGGAUACGGCUUGCAAAACUGACUAAGGCCGCGCGAAAGUUUUGGCUAAACCUGCAGAGAUCUCUCUUAGAAGACCCCGAUGCCUUGUCGUACUGGUGUGCGGACUUGGCUGUUGCUGAGGCUCGACGGACGUAUUGGUUGGACCAGCCGAAGUCUCUCUCAGAGGCGUCUCAAGCGUUGUGGAAAUCGUAUGCCGAAUUUGCGACUGCUGAGGUUCGACGGAUACUUGCGCAAGAUGAGAUAACGGUGCGGGCUGAGAAAGAGAAGACCGCGCUCUAUGACGAGUCGCAGAAGACAAUAGUGUGGCUGCGGACGAAGAUCGACAACAUCGGGAGUGAGGUCCUUCCAGCCGAAGGACCCAACGAGCCAUAUAGAAGACUUACAGCGUAUUUUGAUGAGAUCUUCUCUCUGGUAAUGAAGAUCAAUGAUCUCACAACUGAGAAUUCUUCACUCAAAAAAGCCCGAGACUCAACUGAAGACGCAUUCGCGAAAGAGAGGUCACGCAACCAGCGGGACCUUCAAGAGGCUAAAGGCCUCUAUGGGGACUCUCAAAGAACCAUCCAAUCGCUUCGCAAGGACCUUUCCGCUUUGAUUUCUAAGGUUUACCAAUUGACGACCGAGAACUCUGCCCUCAAAGAAGGAAAAGAAGCAGCUGAAAACACUCUUACUACAGAGAGAGAACGCGGUCAACAGGACCUUCAAGAUGCUAAAGGCCUCUAUGAGGGCUCUCAAAGAACCGUUGAAGCACUACGCAAGCAGGCUGACGCUCUAAACUUGUGCAUCGACGAGCUCACAACUAAAGAAUCUUCCUUUAAGACCUCGCUAGAUUCAGUACAGGAUGCGCUGACCAAGGAGAAGUUACGCAACCGAGAGCUCGAGAUCAGGCUCGAAGAGAGGAUAGCGCUGGGCAUCCAGACACAAGACACACCCGAGACAAAGCUCGAGAAGUACCUACGCGAGGAACUGGACAAAUCCCAGCGUCAAGUUCUGCAGCAGCAGAAGGACUUCGAAAAGUUGCGGGACGACUAUGUGCGACUUCAAAUCACGAAUGCGACUCUCGAGAGUCAGUUUGAACAGGUCAAAGCUGUCAAGGAAGAGCUUAACCGUACCUCUCAGAAAGAAUGUCAAGAGCUUGCUGGAAGGAAUUCUGAUCUUUCGAACCAAUUGCACCACACAAGGGCUCAGUUUGAGCAGCUGAAGGCCGGUUUGGCGGCUAUGGAAAGGGGAAAUGAGGGAGAGGCGGCAAAGGCAAAGUUCAGUCUACGAGACAUCUACAGAAGGCCAAAGCAUGAGCCUUCGAGGCUGCUCACACCGCCCACAGAAUAG